UUUGCCGGACGUGUAACUUUAUACACAGUAGUGUGCUUAAUGCAACAAAUCGUGGGAAAGAGGUAGCUGCAUAUAAAACCUGCAUUUGGGUGCGUCAUAUCAUGUGAUUCUUAAACGUACAAGAUCUCAUGAUCCCCCAUUUACUGCGUUGCUGACCAAAAAGACUGUCGCAUUUCAGUUUUUGAACAUCGCAGUCAUUCAAGACUCCAAUCUUAUGCAGUACGUGCUUUAACUCACCUGUAAUAUCAACAAUGGAGUACAACAGAUAUUGUCUGUUCCCCCUGUUCUUUGUGUUCGGUGUGAUAGCUGUGCUGUUUGUGUGUCUGGGUCUAACCAUAGGCCUGGGACAUAACACAAGUCCCGUGUUCAUCAGUGAGACUGGGCAGUACCCUCCUGAGCAAGGAAUCUUCACCAUGACAAAUAACAUCGGCGCUGUCGGCAUCGCUACAACACAGAUUCUACACUAUCGCUACGUCGCACAAUAUGGCGGACCGACCAGGCUGAACAAGGUUACCCUGGUAGUGGGGCUGUUAGCAGACCUGGGACUUAGUAUUGCCGGCGCUUUUCAGAUCAACAACAUACCUGAGGUUCACGACUUAGGAGCAGCGAUGACUUUUCUCCUUGGUACGACAUACGGGUGGCUACAGACUCUCCUCACGUACAAACUACGACAUACUGGCACAACCAUGGGUACAUUCGGUCUGAGGUUGUUUCUAUCGGUUCUCGUGACGGGAACUUUGGUGCCGUUUUUAGUAACCUACAGUUUGUUAGCGGACACUCCAGACAUGCGAGUAGUGCCUGUGACCUUAGAAUGGAUCCUGGCAAUCUCGAUGCUGACCCAUCUGGCCACACUUGCGUGGGAGCUAAGGAAGGUGACAGCUAUCGUCAUUUCCUUGGACAUAGAAGGGUUAUUUGACGUACAGAAGAAAGCAAAGGCUUCUCUCUCUAGCAUUUCGACAGAGACCAUUUAGUAAGUACUGUACAAAUGGCGAGUGGGGCGCAUUUGUAAGCAAAUAUACCUUCAACAAUAUCUAAGUGCAUACUACACUAUACACAUGGGCCAUGCUAGUUUCAAAGCUCCACGAAUACUCUAUCGUUCGGAGUAUUAACGACAUAUCAAUAGGGAAUGAGGAGGAAGAUUAUAAGUACAUUUCGUACUUGAUUCAAUCAUAACUAUUUAUUCUCUGAGGAAUUAUGACUUUAGUACCCGCUUCUGGAGUGGAAUGCUCUUCUAAAUGUAGAGCAGACUAUAUGUAGGUUCUAUGAAUUAAGUAUUUGAAUGAAUGGAGAAUUGAAUGGAGACACAG